GUUCCGCCAGGCAGCGGCGGUAUUUGUAAACAAACAUCCGCCAUUUCGCUGGGCGCUGGAGGAGUUCGGUAAAAACACAAAGUCUAGUUUCUUAAAGGUUCGGUUCUGAAAUGGAGGUACCGGGAGCUGAUAGCGACUGGCGGAGUCCGCAGUUCCGACAGAAGGUCGUCGCACAGAUUGAAGAAGCCAUGAGGAAGGCUGGGACCCCGCACACGAAAUCCAGUACAGAGAUGGAGAACCACGUCUACAUGAAAGCCAAGUCCAGAGAGGAAUAUUUAUCUCUGGUGGCAAGACUCAUCAUCCACUUUAGAGACAUCCACAAGAAGCCGCUCAGUGGUCCAGAUCCAAUGAAUGCCCUGACUAACCUGACUGGGGUCGGGGGGGGCCCAGGCGCCAUCGGCAUGGGGCCUCGCCCCACCGGUGCUCCUGUGGGAGGUAUGGGGGCCAUGGGUCCAAUGCAGAUAGGCCAGCAUGCCAUGGCUGGGGUAUCUGGAAACCCGCAAGCCAUCGGGGGUCAGAUGCCCAUGCAGCAAAUGGUCCCGCAGCAGUCCAUCCAGUUCCAGCAUUUCCAGCAGCAGCAACAGCAGCAGCAAUUCCAACAACAGAUGAGAGCACAACAACAACAGCAGCAGAUGCAGCAGCAUCACCCCAACCAGCAGCUGCAGAACCAGCAACUGCAGAACCAACAGCUGCAGAACCAGCAGCUGCAGAACCAACAACUGCAGAACCAGCAGCAACAGAACCAGAUGCAUCAGUCCAGGCUGCAACAGCAGCAGAUGGUCCAGCUCCAGCUGCAGCAGCAGCAGCAGCAACAGCAGCAGCAGCAGCAACAGUCUCUCCAGCACCUGGUCCAGCAGCAACAGUCUGGUCAGAUGCCUCCUCACUCUCAGCAGCAGCAGCAGCAAAUGACGGCUGCGCCUCAUGUUCCCAUACUUUCCCUCAGUCAGCAGCAACAGCAGCAGCACCUCAACCUGCAGGCUCAGGCCCGGGCAGCGCUACAGCAGCAGCAGCAACAGCAGGCUGCCCAGCUCAGUGCAGCUGCAGGUCCUGGACAGAUGGUGCGCCAUGUGCAUGUUUCUGCCCGGAUGCCCCGCCCCACCAUGCCGAACACUGGCGCCACGUCCGCACCGGGGGCUCCAGCCAUCCCCCAGCAGGUGCAACAGCAGCACCAAAUGAUGUCAUCGCCCUCGCCGGUGCAGACCACGCCCUCGAUGCCGCCACCCCCCCAACCGUCUCCGCAGCCUCCAGGCUCGCAGCCUAACUCAGUCAGCUCUGGCCCCGCCCCCUCGCCAGGAGGCUUCCAGCCGAGCCCGUCCCCUCAGCCCGCACAGAGCCCCAUCACCGCCCGGACCCCGCAGAACUAUGGCGUGCCCUCCCCAGGCCCGCUCAACACACCCGGAAAUCCCGGAUCAGUGCUGAGCCCCUCGGGCUCGUCCCUGGAGGACCAACAAUACAUGGAGAAACUCAAACAGCUUUCCAAGUACAUCGAGCCUCUGAGCCGCAUGAUCAACAAGAUCGACAAGAACGAAGAUAGGAAGAAAGAUCUGAGCAAGAUGAAGAGCCUUCUAAACAUUCUGACAGAUCCAAAUAUCAGGUGUCCUCUGAAGACUCUGCAGAAGUGUGAGAUUGCUCUGGAGAAGUUGAAAAACGACAUGGCAGUGCCCACCCCUCCUCCCCUGCCGGUACCCAAGCAGCAGUACCUCUGUCAGCCGCUGUUGGACGCCGUCAUGGCCAACAUCCGCUCUCCGGUCUUCAACCACUCACUCUUCAGGACCUUCUCGCCUGCCAUGAGCGCCAUUCACGGGCCGCCAAUCACCGGUCCCAGUGUCACAGGCCGAAAGAGGAAACUGGAGGAAGACGAGCGUCAGACGAUUCCUAACGUGCUGCAGGGGGAAGUGGCGCGUCUGGACGUCAAGUUCCUGGUCAACCUGGACCCGUCGCACUGCAGCAACACUGGAGCAGUGCAUCUGCUGUGCAAGUUAGAUGACCGGGAUCUGCCCAGCGUCCCUCCACUGCAGCUCAGCAUCCCGGCUGACUACCCAGACCAGAGUCCCCACUGGAACCACGAGACGGAUGACUACAGUGCAAACGGUUUCCUGCAGACAGUUCAUGACAACAUGGCGUCCAAACUGCUGCAGCUGCCCAACAAGCACUCGCUGACUGAGGUCCUGAACACCUGGGUCCGCAGCGUGAGACAGGCAUGUCUGUCGGCUGCCUGAGGCUACGCCCCACUCCCCGUUUGUACGUUUGAUGUAUUGUCAGUUAAAUAAAAGACUUGAAGUAAAAAAAAAAA